AUGGCUGGCGCAAUUGAAAAUGCCCGUAAAGAAAUCAAACGUCUUUCAUUAGAUGACCAUGCUGAAAGCGAGUAUGGCCAAAUUUACUCUGUUUCUGGUCCUGUUAUUGUCGCUGAAAACAUGAUUGGUUGUGCCAUGUAUGAAUUGGUCAAAGUUGGUCAUGACAAUUUAGUCGGUGAAGUUAUUAGAAUUGAUGGUGAUAAAGCCACUAUUCAAGUUUACGAAGAAACCGCUGGUGUCACUGUCGGGGAUCCUGUUUUAAGAACUGGUAAACCUUUAUCUGUCGAAUUAGGUCCAGGUUUAAUGGAAACAAUUUAUGAUGGUAUUCAAAGACCUUUAAGGGCCAUCAAGGAAAAAUCUCAAUCCAUUUAUAUCCCCAGAGGUAUUGAUGCUCCUGCUUUAUCAAGAUCCGUCGAAUAUUCCUUCACUCCUGGUUCCUUAAAAGUAGGCGACCAUAUCACCGGUGGUGACAUAUUUGGCUCCAUUUAUGAAAACUCUCUUUUAGAUGACCAUAAGAUUCUCUUGCCUCCUCGUGCUAAGGGUACCAUCACCUACAUUGCUGAAGCUGGCUCUUAUAAAGUCGAUGAAACCAUUUUAGAAGUCGAAUUUGAUGGAAACUCCCACUCUUAUUCCAUGAUGCAUACAUGGCCUGUUAGAGCUCCAAGACCCGUCGCUCAAAAGUUGUCCGCAGAUUAUCCUUUAUUAACUGGUCAAAGAGUCUUGGAUGCUUUAUUCCCAUGUGUUCAAGGUGGUACUACAUGUAUUCCAGGUGCCUUUGGUUGUGGAAAAACUGUCAUUUCUCAAUCUUUAUCCAAAUAUUCCAACUCAGAUGUCAUUAUCUACGUCGGUUGUUUUGCUGAAGGUACCGAAGUCUUAAUGGCCGAUGGUUUCGAUAAAAGAGUUGAGGAUAUCAACAUUGGCGAUCAAGUUCUUGGAAAAGAUGGUAAACCAAGAGAUGUCAUUGCUCUCCCAAGAGGUACCGAAACAAUGUACAAAAUCACUCAAUCCAACAAAGACAAAAAUGAAAACACUUAUGGUCUUACUUCAUUUACUUGUAACUCAAAUCAUAGAUUGGUCCUUCAAACUUCUCAAAUUACAACAGUUUCAGAAUCUACCGUCUCUUACUUUGCUCUUGAAAAGGAAUACAAAGAUGGCCGUUUAAUUGACUUGGUCAAAGAAAACAUAAAAUCUUUUGAAAAUCCCCAACAAGCAAAUGACUUUGCCACUUCUAUUGACAGCCAUCCAAUUGAAUGGACUAUCGAAGCCUGUGAUUUCUCUAUUCUUAAUUCAAACGUUCGCAAUGCAACUCAACAACUAAUUGCCCCCAUCUUGCUUGAAAACAACAUAUUACAAUCUUUAGUUGAAAAAUACGAUUUUGAUCAAUCUUUUACUCAAUCCAUUGCUUAUUUACUUGGUCUUUGGAUUGGAAAUGGUCAUCCUUCAAAACCUUCUAUUUCUGUUAACCCUGAUAACCUUCAACUUAUCAACCAUGUUAUUUCAUUAGCCAACUCCCUUGGAUUAUCUAUUACCAUUGAAAAAAGUUCUUUAGAAUGUUACAUUACCUUCUAUAAAAAGAAUUCAUCUAUGAAUACCAACGUUUUCUGGAAUAUCGUUAAAGACCUUGGCUUGAAACAUAAUAAAUCAAUUCCAUUAUUUUUCCGCUCAGAAUCAAUUAAUGUUCGUGAACAAAUUCUUGCUGGUUUAAUAGACUCUAAUGGAACUUUCUCAAAAUCUUAUACAACAAUAUCUACAACAGACUCUUACCUCAGAGAUUCUUUGGUCUCAGUUUCCCGUUCCCUUGGUCUUUCAACUUCUGUUAAUACCAAAAAAGCAAACACCUACAUCAUUAAAUUGCUUAGCUCGGAAGUAUUAAACUCGGUUCUUUCCAAAUCCUGUCUUGCCCAAAGUAAAAUAUCUGCAUCCAAAAACAUUGUUCGUAAACCAGUGGCUUUUGACUUCACCAUUCAAGAACUCGAACAAGCUCCAUACUAUGGUCUUACUCUUUCUGAUGAUUGUGACCAUCAAUUUUUAUUAUCCAAUUUGGCACUUGUUCAUAAUUGUGGUGAGAGAGGUAAUGAAAUGGCUGAAGUUUUAAUGGAGUUCCCUGAACUUUAUACCACAAUUGGUGACCGUAAAGAACCUAUCAUGAAACGUACCACUUUAGUUGCUAAUACCUCUAAUAUGCCUGUUGCUGCUAGAGAAGCCUCCAUCUAUACUGGUAUCACAUUAGCUGAAUAUUUCAGAGAUCAAGGUAAACAUGUUGCUAUGAUUGCCGAUUCUUCCUCUCGUUGGGCUGAAGCUUUAAGAGAAAUUUCUGGUCGUCUUGGUGAAAUGCCUGCUGAUCAAGGUUUCCCUGCUUAUCUUGGUGCUAAAUUAGCUUCUUUCUAUGAAAGAGCCGGUAAAGCCGUUGCUUUAGGUUCUCCUGAAAGACUUGGUUCGGUUUCUAUUGUUGCUGCUGUUUCUCCAGCCGGUGGUGAUUUCUCUGAUCCUGUCACAACAUCAACUUUGGGUAUCACUCAAGUUUUCUGGGGUUUAGAUAAAAAAUUAGCACAAAGAAAACAUUUUCCAUCAAUCAAUACUUCAAUUUCAUAUUCCAAAUAUACUAAUGUUUUAAACAAAUAUUAUGACACAAACUAUCCAGAAUUCCCUGUUUUGAGAGACAGAAUUAAAGAAAUUUUAUCAAAUGCUGAAGAAUUAGAACAAGUCGUUCAAUUAGUUGGUAAAUCCGCUUUGUCUGAUUCUGAUAAAAUUGUUUUGGAUGUUUCAACAUUGAUUAAAGAAGAUUUCUUGCAACAGAACGGUUACUCCACAUAUGAUGCAUUUUGUCCAAUUUGGAAAACAUAUGAUAUGAUGAAGUCGUUUGUCACUUACUUUGACGAAGCUCAAAAGGGUGUUUCCAGUGGUGUUAAUUGGGCUAAAUUAACUGAGGCUACUACUGGUGCAAGACAUAAAGUUUCUUCCGCUAAAUUCUUUGAACCAAAACUUGGAGAAGAAGCAGGAAGAGCUGAGUUUGAAAAAUUACAAUCUUAUUUAGUCGAUUCUUUUGCUGAAGCCAGCGAGUGA